AUGCCCACCUCCCAUCCCACCUCCGACGUCUCCUCACAGCCGCUCCUCCACGACCAACUCACAACCCACAACUCUAUCUCCAACGGCACGCACUCCACCCCGCCCUCCCAACGCUCGCACUUCCACACCAUCUACCACGGCUGCAAAACCCGCGUCUCAGAUUUCCUCUCCUCGCGCGCGCAGCACUGGACAGUGCUCGGCCUUGUCUCCUUCGACCUCCUCGGCAUCUUCGCAGACAUAAUAAUAAACCUUUACCAAUGCGACGAGAAAGACACAAGUCCCUUCUGGGACGACGUUCGAAACGGGUUGGGCAUUGCAGGACUGGUGUUUUCGUGUCUGUUUAUGCUGGAAUUAAUACUUAGUGUUUGGGCUUUUGGGUGGCGGUAUUUCAACUCCUGGUUCCACUCCUUCGACGCCACCGUAAUCGUAGCAGGCUUCAUUGUCGACGUCCUACUGCACGGUAUCCUGGAAGAAGUCGCCUCGCUCGUCGUCAUUCUGCGUCUCUGGCGCUUCUUCAAGAUCAUCGAGGAGUUCAGCGUUGGCGCUGAGGAGCAAAUGGAUGGUUUGGAGUUGAGGAUUGAGCAGUUGGAGUCCGAGAAUGCGGAUUUGAAGAGGGAAUUGAAGAAGCAGAAGGGGACUUUGGAUGAGGAGGAGGAUGGAGCCUUUAAUCAGAGUGCGAGCGGAAGUUGGAAUUGA